CUCUGUGCCUGUAGUAGGGACACAGAGCUAGCUAGCCAUCCUCAGCAGAAAUCAGACAAGGGCUGGGCUCUCUGUUACUGGAAAGGAAGAGCCUGGUUUUAUCACCUUAAUAGCAUCAAGAUCUUAUAAAUCAAAAUUAUGGUGGUUAUCUCUGCUUUCCAAAUAUUUGUUCCCUCCUAAUUUAGGCUAACCCACAAGCAGGAGCGUUUUACCCAACAACAGUUGGGUAGUAGUUUGGUUAGAGAAAAACAAAAUCUAUAAAUAAUGCAGGUUCCACUGCAUUAAAAACAAAAUAAGAAAGCCAAGGGAAAUGUGUAAAAAUGUACUUCUGAAUAUACUUGUUUAUUCUGCUCUUAGGUGGCAUUUUAAGGCUUAAGAUGUGUUCUGAGAAGGAUCGCUAGGAAGCGGAGACAGUGGGGAAGAUGAAAUUGCUAGUGUGAAGAUAACUCCAUGCUGGUACAUAACUUAAAAUUGAAACAUGAAUUUUACUGACCUCUGUGUUGCUUGGCUAGACUAGACUGAUUAGACGAAUGAUAAUGGAGAGCUGACAUUCUCCUCCUGAAGAUUUAGAGCUGCCGGGCUACAUUUCUAAUUAUAGGUGGAAAACUCCUGGCUCAGGGCUUGCUGUUGUGAUUCAGUAACGGCUGAUGUGGCUCAGUUUGGGAAGUAAAGCUUAGAUUACCUUUGAUCUUAACCUGUGCACCUGCACUGAGCAGGGUUUUGGAUUAUUGUUUCUUUCUUUCAAUGAAAUGAAAGCUCUAAAUAAAUGCUCCAAAGCAGGCCAACACUAAACCCACCUUUGAAACGUGUCCUCCGGCUGCUUCCGUUAACAAUUCACGUAACUCCUCAGUUUGUUGACGAUCAGAAGUGAAUAAAAAUCACGGCAAUUAGAGUUGUGCAGGGAUUGAGAGGUGCUACGAGUUAUUUUUCAGACUGGAAUCUAAUUAGUGCUGGUGGCACUGCAGCUCUUCAGAAGGUGUUAUACCGGCUUCAUCACAAGUCCUUGUAACUGCUGGCACCUUCCUCAUCUGACGAACGACAUUACCACAGUGCGGCAUCUCUGAGAUCAGUGCUGGGGCCUUGGGUCAGAGCUAAUUAGAGAGCAGUGCUGCACUGAACCACUGACAUCGGCUUCAUUUCUUGGGUUUUAAAUAGCCUCCUAUUGAGUAGUGGCCACGCAUGGCCCUGUUUCACUUUACUUGAUUUACUUCAAAACUUUUUAGCUUUUCGCUUUAUGUAUUUUCAUUUUAAAGCUUGGCUUUACCCUUACUGUAAUAGAAUUUGGUAAGUUAAAAACUGAAACCGUACGGGCAGAGCUGGCUCCAGAUAGUGCUGGUUGUGAAACAGCAGCAGUCGGGCUUGGGAAUGAUUUCAUGGCUCUGCUUGUUCAAUGCUUAGAGAACCUGCCUUUUGGUGCUGCAGAGUAUGGGUGGUGACUGCUCUGUGGAUGUCUGUGAAUGCAAUCCAGCAGACGAGAUGCUUGUAAUGUUGGUUCUGGGCAGUUAAGUGUAGUCAGGCUUAUUCAGUAGCGCCUCAUGCUGCCUGGGGUCCUGCAGCCACAUCCAAUCUGAGACCAACACACCUAGGGACCAAAGAGUCUUUAGAGAAAGGAAAUCCAUUCCUUUUGGCUUUCUUCUUUUAUUCUAUCACCAUGACAGAGCCCGAUCUAAACUCAAGCUCUAAUAUUCAUAGGAAUCGUGUCAAAAUCAAUGGGAAUAUGAUCUUUCUUGCAGCUCAUUGUCUUCUGAAAAGAGGAGACUGCAGCCUCCCUCUUGCACCACCUCAAAUACUCCUGAGAUGUAGGUAUCACACUGAAGUCGUUGUCACACUGAAUACCAGCUGUCAUCACUGGUUCACUACUGUACGGAUGUGAACAGAGGUGACAAACCGAACAACGCACUUCCCUCAUCAUGUGACUAAUUUGGAGGAUAUUAUUUAUUUUCUUUUAAGUGGGGAAGGCUUCUAUCAUGAUUAUAAUUUUUAUUAUAUAUCAUGUUUUAUUUUUUAAGUUAUCAAAAUGCAUACUUUCCAAAUCCUGUUACAGGAAGGGUAAAGUUGAGCUUUAGGAUAAAUCUCCGUGCAGAUGUUUUCUCUGUGCAGAUGUGUGCAUUUAGCGCAAGUGACAUUUGAAAAUUCAGCUGAUGAGUUUAUAAUGGUACAUUAAGUUGGAGACCUCCGGACUGCAGGUGCAGGGUAGGUGUUUUGCCUUGCGUGUGGGCAGUGCCUUAUACACUCUGGAUAAACACAUGUUGAAUUUGUAGCUCCUGGCUAAUUGUAGAGUCCCAUAUCACAGAACAUUUGAAGAGGGGGGGCUGUUAAGGGUGGUAUAAAGGAGGAAUGGGUGGCAAUACGCCUUGUGCAGGUUGUCAUUAUCUGUGUUGUGAGACUUACAGACAGAAACCCAUCCUCUUCUUCAAGCUGCCACGAGUCAGAUCAAAUGGAUGACUAAUUUUUUCGGAUGCUUGGAAAUGGCAGAUCACAUGGCUGAGGGCAGAAGUCGCCUCCUGCAGGGGUCUGUCUGAUCUCCAGUGCAGCUGGCAGGCAGCAGCUUUGUGCGCUCGCAUGUGAACUGCUUGUGACCUGCAAUACCUGACAGGUGCUGUGCUCGGCUGGGCCCUGCGCCAGGGUAGUGUGCUAUCUGUAACAGCUCUCUGGCUUCGCUUGGCUGUACCUGAAAUGCCUUUCAGGAUAGACGCAAAGCUUAGGCCAUCGAGGAGAGAAAUAACAGAAUAAUUGGAUAGUUUAAGUUGGAAGGGACCUGCUGGUCUCUGCAACCCUGCUUUGAAGCAGGGCCAGUUUAGAUCAGGUUGCUGAGGCCUCGUCUGGUUGAGUCUCGAGUAUUUCCAAGGAUGGAGUUUCACAAUUUCUUUGGGUCCCUAUUCCAGUAUUUGACGGCUCUUAUUGUGAAAAGUAAUAUAAUUAUUUCAUAAUAUCUCACUGGAAUUUCCCUACUUCCAAGCUUGUGUCUAUUGCCUCUUGUCCUUUCACUUUCCACCUAAAGCACAUGCAAAGGCUGUGUGCAUGUUUUUGUCAAACUGCCCUUAGCUCUGGAUGCUGGGGGGUUUCACAGCCUUGGGGUAGCUGUGGCCAUUAAUAUCUUACGUGAGACCAAACCCCGGUGGCAUCUGAGACAGGUAAACGGGCUACUUGUGAUUGUAAGGCCUGUAAGGAGGGGUCUUACGGGGUAGAGCUGGUUAUUUUGUGCUAAGGGCCUUGAGGACCUCCGUGCAGAGGGGCUAUUUUGAAGGUGGGUGUCUCAAAAUGUUUCGGGAAUAAAAUAUUGCCGAGCAAAUACACGAAGUCCUUGCAAGGACGGGCAAACUGUCUUACCCCAGGACUCUUUGUGGUCCUUUGAUUUGCAGAGAGAACGAUCACAAGUGUGAUUAUAAGCCCGGGAGAUUUUGCUGUGGUUGGGGUGAGUUUGGAGAGGAUUAGGGGAGCCCUCUUGCUGCUGCUGCUGCUGUUCCAGCGCACAGAUUUCCCGUAGCGGAGCAUAUGGCUUCCUGUCCUGUUUGCUGUGGUUUUCUCUUGGGCUCUGCACCAGUUUUUCCAUCGUCUGUGAUUACUUUCCGUUUUUCCCCGUUGUUGGGCAGUGGGGACUGUGCCUGCAGGCUGCAGCUGACUUCUUUCCUCUUGGACUGCCUCUCAUGGUCUGUGCCCGUGUGUGCCUCCUCUUUGGGAGGGGAGUUCCCCUCCCUUUCCUUGUAAAACGCCCUCUCCAGGAUGCUCCAGUAGGAGCUGGUGGGAGGGAGGGAGUUCUGACUGCACUGAAAUGUAAUUAAAAAAAAAAAAAAAAAAAAAAAGAGGAAAAAAAAAAUAAGGCAACUGACAGAAGAGAGAACUUGUCCUCAGAUUCCUGCUUUAUGCCGCAGCGUAAACCAAGUCUCUGAAAGUGCUGUGAGAGCUGGAAGGAGGCAGAAAUGAAGUUCAGAGGCGCGUCCCUGUGCUCUGACCACUAUUAUAUCUUGAGAAGGAGCAGAAAGGAACUACCUGGCAACGGAGCAGGGAGUAACGGUGUUCGUUUGACCAUGGAGAGCGCGCUGACAGCCCGCGACCGCGUGGGGGUGCAGGAUUUUGUCCUGCUGGAGAACUUCACCAGUGAAGCAGCGUUCAUUGAAAAUCUGCGUAAGCGCUUCAAGGAGAAUCUCAUCUAUACAUACAUUGGCUCGGUUUUGGUGUCUGUUAAUCCAUACAAGGAACUGGAAAUCUACAGUAAACAGAACAUGGAGCGAUACCGCGGUGUCAGCUUCUAUGAAGUUUCUCCUCACCUCUAUGCUAUCGCAGACAAUUCGUACCGCUCUCUGCGCAUGGAGAGGAAGGAUCAGUGCAUUCUGAUAUCCGGGGAGAGCGGGGCUGGCAAAACGGAGGCCACCAAGAAGAUCCUGCAGUACUACGCGGUGACCUGCCCAGCCAGUCAGCAGGUUGAGACGGUGAAGGACCGCCUGUUACAAUCCAACCCUGUCCUGGAGGCCUUCGGAAAUGCGAAAACCCUUCGGAAUGAUAACUCCAGCCGAUUUGGGAAAUACAUGGACGUGCAGUUUGAUUACAGGGGCGCUCCUGUUGGGGGCCACAUCUUGAACUACCUCCUGGAGAAAUCUCGAGUUGUGCACCAAAAUCAUGGCGAGAGGAAUUUCCACAUUUUCUACCAGCUGCUAGAAGGAGGGGAAGAAGACUUACUGCGAAGGCUAGGCCUUGAAAAGAACCCACAACAGUAUCACUAUUUAGUAAAGGGUCACUGUGCAAGGGUCAGUUCCAUAAAUGAUAAAAAUGAUUGGAAGAUUGUGCGAAGAGCCUUGUCCAUUAUAAGCUUCAAUGACAAUGAGGUGGAGGAUUUGCUGAGCAUCGUGGCUAGUGUUCUGCAUCUGGGGAAUGUGCAGUUUGCUGCAGAUGAGCAAGGAAAUGCUCAGGUCACUACGGAGAAUCAGAUUAAAUAUCUGGCUAGGCUUCUAGCGGUUGAGGGCUCUGUUCUGCGAGAUGCACUGAUCCACAAGAAGAUCAUAGCAAAAGGGGAAGAGUUAAUCAGUCCCCUGAACCUGGAGCAGGCAGCCUAUGCAAGGGAUGCACUUGCAAAAGCAAUAUAUGGACGCACUUUCUCCUGGCUUGUGAACAAGGUUAACAAGUCUCUUGCUUACAAGGAAGGAGAGUUUCCAGGCUGGAGAAGUACAACAGUUCUAGGAUUGCUCGAUAUUUAUGGAUUUGAGGUUUUCCAGCACAACAGCUUUGAGCAAUUUUGUAUUAAUUAUUGUAACGAAAAAUUGCAACAGCUCUUCAUAGAGCUCACAUUAAAGUCAGAACAAGAGGAAUACGAGUCAGAAGGCAUAGCGUGGGAACCAGUUCAAUAUUUCAAUAACAAAAUCAUUUGUGAUUUGGUGGAAGAGAAGUUCAAAGGCAUCAUUUCUAUUUUGGACGAAGAGUGUCUGAGACCUGGGGAUGCCACAGAUACAACGUUCUUGGAGAAACUGGAGGAAACUGUGAAGAACCACCCCCAUUUUCUCACGCACAAGCUUGCUGACCAAAAAACUCGCAAGUCUUUAGGGCGGGAAGAGUUUCGGCUUUUGCACUAUGCUGGAGAGGUCACCUACAGUGUUGCAGGUUUUCUAGAUAAAAACAAUGACCUUCUCUUUCGGAACCUGAAGGAGACCAUGUGCAACUCUGAGAAUCCUAUCAUAAAUCAGUGUUUUGACAGGACGGAGCUGACAGACAAAAAGAGACCCGAAACGGCAGCAACUCAGUUUAAAAACAGCCUUUCUAAACUCAUGGAAAUUCUGAUGUCCAAAGAACCAUCCUACAUCCGAUGCAUGAAACCUAACGAUGCUAAACAGGCUGAUCGAUUUGAUGAAGUCCUAAUCCGACAUCAAGUGAAAUACCUGGGGUUGAUGGAGAACCUCAGAGUGCGGAGAGCUGGCUUUGCAUAUCGAAGGAAAUACGAAGUUUUUCUGCAGAGGUACAAAUCACUUUGUCCAGAAACAUGGCCUACAUGGGAUGGACGGCCCCAUGAUGGCGUGGCUGUGCUGGUGAAACAUCUUGGCUACAAACAGGAAGAAUACAAAAUGGGACGAACAAAGAUUUUUAUCCGCUUUCCCAAGACUUUGUUUGCAACGGAAGAUGCUCUGGAAGUGAGGAAGCAGAGCCUGGCAACAAAAAUGCAGGCGACGUGGAGAGGUUUCUACCGUCGAAAAAAAUUCCUGCACAUGAAACACUCAGCAAUAGCUAUCCAGUCCUGGUGGCGGGGAACCUUAGGACGCCGAAAAGCUGCCAAGAAGAAGUGGGCAGUAGAGACUAUCAGAAGAUUCAUUAAGGGUUUUAUUUACCGGAAUCACCCUCGCUGCCCAGAGAAUGAGUAUUUCCUUGAUUACAUCCGCUUUUCCUUCCUGAUGAACCUCAAGCGUAAUUUACCAAAGAACGUUUUAGACAAAUCAUGGCCAACUCCUCCUCCAUCGCUCUGUGAGGCGUCCCAGCUCCUGCGACAGUUAUGCAUGCAGAACAUGGUCUGGACCUACUGCAAGAGAAUCAGCCCAGAGUGGAAGCAACAGCUGGAACAAAAAGUAAUUGCCAGUGAGAUUUUUAAGGGUAAAAAAGACAAUUACCCUCAGAGUGUUCCUAGACUCUUCAUCAACACUCGACUUGGUAAUGAAGAGAUAAACACUAAAGUCCUUCAGGCUUUAGAAAACGAAGCAAUUAAGUAUGCAGUUCCUGUGAUCAAAUACGACCGGAAAGGAUACAAAGCAAGAGCACGGCAACUGCUUCUUACCCAAAACGCAGUCAUCAUUGUUGAAGACUCCAAAAUCAAACAACGGAUUGACUAUGCCAAUCUGACAGGCAUCUCUGUCAGCAGCCUGAGCGAUAACUUGUUUGUGCUGCACGUGCACUGUGAGGAUAACAAACAGAAGGGCGAUGUUGUACUUCAGAGCGACCACGUGAUCGAGACACUCACAAAAACAGCCAUGCGGGCAGACAAAGUCAAUAACGUCAACAUCAACCAGGGCAGCAUAAAAUUCACAGUUGGACAAGGCAAAGAAGGCAUAAUUGAUUUUAUAUCAGGAUCAGAACUGCUCAUAGCCAAAGCUAAGAACGGCCAUCUAACUGUGGUUGCUCCUCGUCUGAACUCUCGAUGAUGAAACAUGCCACCACUACAGGACCCUUUCCUCCAUCAGUCUGACCACACCCCGUAAAAUUGGCUGGACUUGGUUCCCAGCAAAAUCCCCCCCUCCUUCCUCGCUUCGCUCAUUUUGUUUGUUACCAAAGACCUGCAUUUUCAGAAAACCCACAAAACACAUCUUGCUUUCUUGUCUUAAUACUGAAGUUCCAAAAGAAAGGCCUUCUCUUCCUUACCUUAGCAGCAAACACACGGGUCCAACGUGAUGUCUGUGAAACCGUGGCUCAUGAAACAUGUUCAGCUGGGCUCUGAGAGAGGUAGUUCUGACUCUAAUAGAGUUUAAGCCCUGAUGGAAAUGACCAAAAUUUGUGCUUGGCAUCAUCAAAAAAGCACAAUCAGAAAACAAAACACUGCUGCUUUGUCAGCCAAAUCAAUUAAAUGCCAAACUUUAUAUUCAAAAUGUUUUAUGAAGAAUUUUGCUCUGAGAUGUUUUGAUGCUUUGUGUUACAAUAGUAAAGCCAUAUUGUGUAAAUGAGUAAAAACCCUGUAAAUACUUUAUAGCUGAAUAUGAGAAAUGCACUACAAGAAAUGGUGUUGAUAUGGAAACUUAUGUUUUAGAUUUGGAAUUUUUGUUGUUUUUAAGUUUAUGAACAGAAGGUAUUAAUUAACCCAUCAUGUUAACUUCACUGAUCUGGAUACAGUUUUUUUUUAAUUAUUUUUGAAGUUACCGCUCCCAUUUCUUGCUGUAUAGUGAUAUUUUUAUACAGUAGCAACUUUUUCAUAUCCACACAGCCAACCAAAAUCUAAGUGAUACCAACUGCAGAGAUCACCACUUCGCCAUGUCCCUCUAGGCUGGAAAUGAAACCUGGAGCCCUCAGCCAGGACAUGCACGAGCUUUCUCUCCCACCUUGUUCCUGUCUGGGAGCCUGCCCCCUUCCCCACACAGCUCAUCAGGCUCAGAGCAGCACCUUCACAAAAACUGCUUUUCCUCUCCUACGUCUUCAGGGAUAACUGGAAGUUUGAGUUCUCACAGUAAAGCUUCAGUGUUUAUGUAACACUUCGCACUACUGCCUUAAGAGGGCUCGUUCAGCACCACUGGCAUUACUGACCAACUGGCUGAGGGCUCCUUUGCAAGGAAGCAUCUUACCAUUUUCCUAAGCAAGCUGUCAUAUCACUAACUCUGACUCCAACCCAGAAGGGACAUGUGAAUGCUAUCAGGUCUCAGGCUGCAUCACAGAAGUUAGUACCGAGCACUUUCCUUUAACAAAGACCCCCAAUGGCUACACAGUGGGCAGCUAUGUGUCAAUACCUGCUGACUGCAGACCACAGCUCCAGCUUCCAAGUUCCAGACCUCCAACCGUGCAUUUUGCACUCCACCUGCCUUAGCAAUCCUUCACAUCCCACCUCUAGCCUGAUGCAGUAGCAACAGCAGUUACACUAAGCCCUGACUAAAACAUAACCAAACAUGUUGCCACUGACAUACAAUCAGCUCAGUCUCCUACUUUUAGGUUUCCUGACAUUAUACAGUUACCGAACACUGCCCCAGGCCUGGAAUGCUGUAUACACUGUAGUACAUAUACACCAUACUAUUGUAUAUGCUAUAUAGUGUAUAUACUAUACAAUGCUGUAUACGCUAUUAUAUAACCUCUUCAAAACUGCUAAAUAAAUUUUUAUGAUGAAAACA